AUGGCGCCAACAGACGACCUCAAAGCCCAUGCGGCAUCAUCACAAGACUUUUACGCACUGCUAGAAAUAUCCCCCGCUGCAGCAGAUAACGAGAUUCGACGCGCAUAUCGACGAGCAGCCUUAAAAUACCAUCCCGAUAAAGUCGCAAACCCAACACAAGCAGAUAUCGACAAGUUCCAUUUACUCCAAAUCGCAUACGAUGUACUCUCCGACGAGGCUGUGCGGCAGCUCUACGACAAUGCGCGUGAGGCAAGGGAGCGGAAAAGGAGGGAGGUGGAGAUGAUGGAUGCGGCGAAGAGGAAGAUGAAAGAAGAUUUGGAGGCUAGGGAACGGGCAGGUGAUGCGGGGGCUGCAGCGGCGCAGCGAGGGUUGAAGAGGACGUGGAUGAUGUCUUCUGCAGCGGAUAACGAGGCGGAAGAGAGGCUGGAGAGGGAGAUUCAACGGAUUGCGGAAAAUUCGCAGCGCAGACGGCGAGAGGCUGAGGAGAAGUUGAUGAGGGAGACGGAAGAGGAAGAGAGGCAGGAGAGGCAGGAGCGUUUGGCAGCAGAACAAGAACGUGAAGAACGGGAUCGAAGCAGUGCGCGAGUAGAUAGAUCUAAAGAAGGUGGUACGAAUGUCCCGGAACUCGAGAGGGCUGUGAAAGUGCACUGGAUUCGAGAAGGGCCGGGUGAAGCGUUUGAUAAGGACAGGUUAAAAGAGCUCUUUGCGACGUUUGGGAAGGUGGAGAAUACAUUUCUACUCAAGGACAAACGACAACGAGUAGGCGAGAAGAAGGAAAAGAAAACUGUGGCGACUGGGGUGGUGGUUUUCACAUCGAUAGUCAGUGCUCACUCGGCUAUUCUCGAUAGCGCAAAAAAGAUAAAGUCUGGAGCUGAAGGCGACUGGGCCAUUCUUGACUCUGUAGUAUGGGCUUCAGGUACUGGACCUGAUCUUAAGUCGAGACCGGAUAGCCGCUCACCAGCGACCACGCCAAUAGCGUCGCCGAGAUCUACAUCGUCCUCUACAUCAACGCCAUCGAUUCCUGCUUCUGCUGGUGGCAGCACCAAGAACAAGCCAGCACUUGACUUUGCCAGUCUAAAGAACGGCCCAGCUACACCGUCAAUGAAGACAGGCGGGAAACCGUCAUUUGCUUCUUUCUCAGCGCGCCCUACCCACACAACACCGUCUGACAGCUCGACCACCAAGAAUCCGACAUUGACUACACCGAGUUUGGAGGAGGUUACACUAAUGAGACUGAAAACGGCCCAGAGAGAGAAAGAACGCAAGGCUUUAGAAGAGCAGUUGCGAAGGGAAGAUGAAGCCGCUGAUGCGGCUGGUUUAGAUGUCUAG